AUGCUCCAUGCACCAUGCUCCAUAUGCAGCGCUGAAGAGCGGUGGAGUGCGGUGGUGGCGUACGAUGCAUGUGUGCGCAUGUGCAUGGACGAGGCAUCCAAGGGGGCAUCCCCCCACGCGCAAUUCUCACUCGCACCGCUUGUCCCUUGUCCCACACCUACAGUGCGGAGGAGAGGUGGACCGCUCAUGCUGGUGCCUGUGUGUGCUCAACGCACAGACUGCCUCCAGCCACUCAUGCUGGUGCCUGUGAGUGCUCGAAACGCGGCAGACGCCAGUGACAGGCUGGGGGCAGGGGGAGGAGGAGCGGGAGGAGUAGGAGGAGGAGGAGGGAGAAACGGAGAUGAGGGCUCGUCCCCCCUGCAUGGGUUCUCCAGCUCUCCCCUCUCGCCGUACGGCCAUUCCUCGGCUUGGAAGAAGAACCGUGGCAUUGGCACUCUCAAGCUGCAAGGUGUGCUGCCCUUUCACUCGCACUGUGCUCCCAAGGUAGUAUGGAGGAAGGUUUGGCUCUCCAGCUCUCCCCUCUCGCCGUACGGCCAUUCCUCGGCUUGGAAGAAGAACCGUGGCAUUGGCACUCUCAAGCUGCAAGGUGUGCUGCCCUUUCACUCGCACUGUGCUCCCAAGGUAGUAUGGAGGAAGGUUUGGCUCUCCAGCUCUCCCCUCUCGCCGUACGGCCAUUCCUCGGCUCGGAAGAAGAACCGUGGCAUUGGCACUCUCAAGCUGCAAGGUGUGCUGCCCUUUCACUCGCACUGUGCUCCCAAGGUAGUAUGGAGCUCUCCCCUCUCGCCGUACGGCCAUUCCUCGGCUCGGAAGAAGAACCGUGGCAUUGGCACUCUCAAGCUGCAAGGUGUGCUGCCCUUUCACUCGCACUGUGCUCCCAAGGUAGUAUGGAGGAAGGUUUGGCUCUCCAGCUCUCCCCUCUCGCCGUACGGCCAUUCCUCGGCUCGGAAGAAGAACCGUGGCAUUGGCACUCUCAAGCUGCAAGGUGUGCUGCCCUUUCACUCGCACUGUGCUCCCAAGGUAGUAUGGAGGAAGGUUUGGCUCUCCAGCUCUCCCCUCUCGCCGUACGGCCAUUCCUCGGCUCGGAAGAAGAACCGUGGCAUUGGCACUCUCAAGCUGCAAGGUGUGCUGCCCUUUCACUCGCACUGUGCUCCCAAGGUAGUAUGGAGGAAGGUUUGGCUCUCCAGCUCUCCCCUCUCGCCGUACGGCCAUUCCUCGGCUUGGAAGAAGAACCGUGGCAUUGGCACUCUCAAGCUGCAAGUGCGCAAGGUGCGCAUGACAAGCAAGGGGGACGAGGGCAAGGGGAUGGCCGGGGGACAGGGGGAAGCCGAGAACCCGGGGGGCGCGGGGGGAGGAAUGGGGGGAGCAGCAGCGGGAGCAGGAGGCGGGACAGGGGGAGCGGGGGCGGCAGUGAGUAGCAUGAUGCGGCAGAUCAAGGGAGGCAUGGCGAAUCUCAGGGGGCUGGCUGCUGAAGCCACCACUGCUGCUCCAGAUGGAGUGCUGGUGGCCGUGCGAUGCCCAUCAGAGGAGGCGGGUGAAGCACGGAGGGUGAACCCCAACACCCACCACUGCAUUAACCUACCUGUUGAGAGCGAUAGACAAGAAGUGGUGGUGGAGGUGCAUGACCGCAGUGGGUUGAGAGGACAGGCGUCAGUGCUUGCGGCUACGCUCAUGGACGAAGGGCACCCGGGCGCCCACAUGUCACUGUCGCAGCGCUGCCAUUGGCUGGCAGUGAGGGACACGUGUCAGCAGGAGGUGGCUCGCGUGCAGAUCGCAGUGUCGCUCGUGCCCUGUGCCAGGGACUAUGGCACGCAGUGCCAGCCAAUCACGGAGUCAGCAGCGUACGACUGGGUGCUAGCAGCAGCCAUGGCAGCUCAGGGCUUCCAUGCGCGCAACCUCCGCCUCUCGGGCCCCUGGGAGUGGCUGUGCGAUCAGUUCGCCACCUGCUAUGGCGUCUCUCCGCAUUACACCAAGCUCAGGUACCUCACUCGAGUGAUGGACGUGGCAACACCAACAGCUGACUGCCUGACUCUGAUUCACCAAUUGCUGGCGCCGGUGCUGCAUGCACACGACAGUGACGGCAGCAGUGUGACUAAACAGGAGCCCCCCUUCCCUCUUUUGCCAACCCUCCCUAGGCGAGUCUGCCGCUUCAGGCACUACCCUCUCUUCCUGCUCUGCCAUCCACUGUUGUGCCACUGCGCGCAUGCUAGCAGAUAUGGAGGAGAGAGUAGGCAACCUCCUCCAACUCACCUUCGAGAACUGCAAGUCCCUCAGCGAGGCUUCCCCCUCAGGCGUCGCCCACUUCUCCCCACCGCCUCCCACCUCUCUGCACCCCUCUGUUCUCCCCCUUUUCAGGCGCGCAUGCUAGCAGACAUGGAGGAGCGGGUGGGAGACCUCCUCCAACUCACCUUCGAGAACUGCAAGUCGCUCAGCGAGUCUUCCCCCUCGGGCAUCGCCGAUUCUUCCCCACUGCUACUGAACUCCCUGCACCCCUCUGUUCCACUUCGACCCCUUCCCUCACCUCCCCCCUUGCAGGCGCGCAUGCUAGCAGACAUGGAGGAGAGAGUAGGCGACCUCCUCCAGCUCACCUUCGAGAGCUACAAGUCGCUCAGCGAGGCUGCCCCUUCAGGCAUCGCCGACUCGUCCCGCUCCGCCACCCACCUCUGUGCCUCCCUCGGGCGAUCGCUGGUGGGGGCAGAGGCAGCAGCGCUGGUGGCGCCGGCUAUCCCCCCCGCGGUGCACCUGUUUGGGCUGCUGAACGACCUGCUGCUGCCAGAGGUGCAACAGCAGUUCUGUGGUUACCUGCAGACAGCAGCGCGGCGGCGGUGCCGGCAGCACCUGUCAGAGACCGACGAGUAUGUCAACGGCACAUUCUGCCUUGGCACUGGCAGCAGCAGCAUGCACGGGCAGGGACAGGGGCACGGGCAGGGGCAGGGGCAAGCGGGCAUGGGGUGCAGUCCGGGGGGAGGCAGGGGGAGAGGGGGAGGAGGGGCCGGGGGAAUGGGGGGAGCAGGCGGGAUGGGGAGGGGGGCGAUGCGGGGAGGGGAGGGGGGGGAUAUGGAGGAGCAGAGGGAGGCGUAUGGGAGCAUGCGACUGGCGUGUGUGGCCAUGUGGCGGGAGGUGCAGGCGGAUAUCGGCAUUCACAACCAACACAUCCUGCCCAGGUGGGUGGAUGCGUGGACUUGUGUGCGGGGUGGUGCAGUGCGGUUAUGGCGUGGGGUUGUAAGAGCAAGUGCGUGUGUGGUCAUGUGGAGGGAGGUGCAGGCGGAUAUUGGCAUUCACAACCAGCACAUUCUGCCCAGGUGGGACGCUGCGUGUGGGUGUGGGGGCGGGGAAGAGGUGUUGCUGCUGUGGCGUCCGUUGGUCUUCCUCCCAGCUUUGUGGACCUGCCCCGAGAUGACAGCUGGCACAUGCAUGGUGGAGCGAAGGAAGGGCUUUUUCCAGGGGCGGCGAGUGCCUUCUUUCCCUCCUUCAAUCCUUCUUUCCCUCCUUCCCUCCCUUGCUCCUUUCCCACCAUCUCCCUUUAUCCUUCGCUCUCAUCUCAUCCUCAUCUUCGUGGAUCUACCCGAGUUGACAGCGGGAGUGUACAUGGUGGAGCUGCAGAGGCGAGUCAACCAGUUCCUGCUGGCGGUGCCACCUCAGCACCCGCUGCCACAUGUCAAGAACCUGCUGCACGCCACUGCUGACGUGGAGGACAGGCUCAUGCUGUGGGGCGUGGGCAAAGUACCCGGAGGCCUAGACGCGAGGGAGCUAUUCGGGGUGUACGUGGAGGCAUGGAUCAGAGAGCGCACCCACACACUCAUGGACGUCUGCCGAGCUCCUAAGUGGGCGGUGCUAGCCCCAAUGUCCGACCGCAACGCCACGUCACCGUUCAUGGAGGAGGUGUACGGGGUGAUCAACAGCCUGCUAGACGAGCUUGACUCGGUGCUGGGGCGAUGGCCGCAGUACACACUUCUGGUGGAGGAGGCGGUGUGCGAUGUAGAACGGGCAGCCAUCUCAUCCCUAGCCUCUCACUUUCAGAACUUCCUCCUCCUCCUCAACACCCCCUCCUCCUCCUCCUCCGCCGCCCCCUCCUCCUCCUCCACCAAGAAGAAGCUUCUCAGCAUGCUGUCCCGCCGCCGCCCCACACUCGCCUACCAAGUACCCAUAGAGGUGAGUGGUUGA